AUGGUAACAGCCAAUGAGAACUGUCCGUUCUGCGUGUCACCGGGAGACCUCCAGUCCUCAGCAUCAGUUCAGUCCAUUGCCAGGCAGGUGUGUGAGCAGCUGAUCCAGAGCCACCUGGCCCGCUACAGCUCCAUCCUGAACCAGGUGCCCAGCCAGCCGGUGGCGGUGCGCAGCGUCCCGGGGCCCCCCGGGGAGCCCGGCCGCUCCGGGGCCCCGGGGCCGCAGGGGGAGCAGGGGCCCGGGGGCCGGCCCGGGUUCCCCGGGUCCAACGGGGAGAACGGCCUCCCGGGGGCCAGAGGUGAUGCUGGAGAGAAGGGGGAGAAGGGGUCUCAAGGUGUUGGAAUCCAAGGACCGAGAGGAACCCCGGGACCCCCUGGUCCCCCUGGGCAGGGCAGGACGGGCAGCCAGGGUUCGAGCGGGCGUCCUGGCAACCCCGGCCCCCCAGGCCGGUCGGGGGUCCCUGGCUCGGUGGGGCCCUCAGGUCCCCCAGGGUACUGCGACCAGAACGCCUGCAUGGGCUACAACGUAGGAGUCCAGCUCCCCUCCAGCUCCUUCCAGAACUACGAGGAGGCAGACGUGGAGGACCCCUACCGCUACGGGGGGGGGGGCUACCCCUCUGAGUACUACCAGCCCAACUACCCCGCCCCGCGGCCGGUCGCCCCCGACGACCCCUCCGAGGUCCACCGCUCGGCCCGCAGCCUGACUGCGGGAGCAGCAGGAGGCGCGGUGCGGAGGGAGGAGGAGGAGGUGCAGAAGGUGGUGCAGAAGGUGGUGCAGACGGCGGUCAGGAGCUCUCUGACGGAGAGGCUGAGGAGGGGCGCCCAGAAGGGUCCCGGGACUAACUGA